AAAUUCAAAUCAAAUUUCACAGCCACUGCACCAAAUUCCCAGUUACUUCUAAACAAAACCCUAGCCGCCACCGUCUCCUUUGCCUCCAUUCCGUCGCCGGUCGCCGGACGUUCUGCACGUCACCGUCGGGCGCGAUCUCAUCUAAGUUCUACCGAGUCCCAUCGUCCCUUUGGCCAUCCGGCGGCGAGAUGUGGAGCUCCAAAGCUCGGCAAUGGCUUCUCCGAAUCCCUAGACCAAAGCGUUCUCCGCUCCACCGCCAGGUACCGCAAGAAACCCUAAUCGUUGUUCGCACACAGCCUGACCACACUCUCCCAACCUUCACCCGCCUCCAAAACCCUAGACUUUACUCUACGAACCCUAGUUUCCAUUCCGGAGAAGCAGAUGAUUCCAAUGCUGGGACCGUUGGGAACGCAAUCGACGCUGAUGAUUCUUGUGAAUCGGAGGCUUCUUCUGUUGAUUUGAACGAAAAAGGUGACGAUUUGCAAGAAUUAAGCAAACAGGCGGCGGAUGUUGAUAGUUUGAGCUCGCUUUGGGAGGAGAGCGUAGGUGCCGAUGAUUCUAUAAAUGUUUUUGGUUCACAAGAAGCAUCGGAAGGAGUUGGGAAUGAGAUUCAUGAGGUGGAUGAUGUUCAAGUUGAGAGUGUUCUAUCUCUUCUUCAGAGCACAUUGGUAGAGCCAUUGGAAUUAAGCUUGGAUAAGAUGGACUUGAGAUUGAGUGAAGCUUUUGCAGUGAGAGUGAUCCAAACUGAUAAUAUUUCUGGUGAAAAUCUUGUUGGAUUCUUCAAAUGGGCUUCAAGGAAUUGUCAAUCAGUGAAGUGUUCAAGAGCAGUUGAGCUUCUUGUGCUCGCAGUUAGUAAUUUGCCGGAACUUUGGAAGGAAGAAGCUUAUAUGUUGUGGGAUUUGGUUAAGGAAAUUGGUGUGGAGAAAGGAAUGGUGACCACUGUGGUCCUCAAUGACUUGAUUUCAAUGUUUUGGAAAUUGGGGAAAAGCAAGGCUGGUCUUGAGGUGUUUGAGAAAUUUACUGAUUUCGGUUGUGUUCCGGAUGGAGAUAGUUAUUAUUAUACAAUUGAAGCACUUGGCAAGCGAUCUAUGUUUGAUACCGCCUGGUCUGUUUGCGAGAAGAUGAUCGAUUCAGGAAACUUACGUGAUAAGGAGAAGAUUGGUAAGAUUAUUGCUUUCUUUUGCAAGGGGAAAAAGGCAAAAGAAGCAUAUUUGGUGUAUUUAGUAGCAAAAGAUAAGGAGAUAUGCCAGGAGAGAUCUUGGUUGGAUUUGUUAGUUCACCACUUAGCCAAGAACAAUGAAACUGUUUGCUUGGCAUGCGAAUUGCUUGAUGAGUAUGACAAGAAGUCCCUUAAGAAUGCAACUAAAUCUUUUGCUGAUGUUGUUAAAGGUUUGUGUAGAAUUGGAGAUGUUAAGGAGGCAGAGAAGCUGGUUUUGAGAAUGGUGGAGUCAGGGCCGGCACCAGCAAAAGCUGUCUUCAACUCUGUGAUCACCUCUUUCUCAAGAAGAGGUGAAAUGGAGGAUGCAAUAGCUUUGAUGAAAGUAAUGGAGAGUAAAGGGCUAAGGCCGGAUGUGUAUACUUACACUGUUGUUAUGAGUGGUUAUGCGAAAGGUGGUAUGAUGGAUGAGGCCUAUAAUAUCUUCUCUGAAGCCCGGAAAAGGCAUUCCAGGCUCAGCCCGGCCACUUAUCAUGUACUCACUCGGGGAUAUUGCAAAAUGGAGGAGUAUGAUAAGGCCAUUGAUAUCUGGAAGGAGAUGAAGAAAGAUGGAAUGCAAGCAAACACAGAUGAAUAUAACAAGAUGAUACAGUCUUUGUGCCUAAAGGCUCUUGAUUGGCGCAAGGCUGAACAACUUUUGGAGGAAAUGAAGGAGGACGGUGUGCCUCUCAAGGAAAUUACUCGGAGUCUCAUUGCCGCUGUGAAGUCGCUGGAAGAGGAGCAAGUACAAUCGGCGGCAAUCAGCAUUGAAGCAUAGUUCUUUUGAGGUUGUUUUGAAGAUGAAGAGGAUGACUUCUCUAGAGAUCCUCUGUUGUUAUGUGACUAGUAGUUGUUCUAUAUAUUUGUUUGAAUUAUUCGUUCUUGUGGUUGUUGUUCUCUAUGCGUGUGUUUUCUGUUCUCUGUGUUUGGUGUCUGCGUUGUCUGAGUUGUUCGUACUUGUAAUAGUA